AUGCCUUCGGAUAGCCACAUCAAAGCGGGCCUGUCCCUCCUCGACGACAAGUCCAAGAUCCUUGGCUUGACCAUUGGCAGCCAUGAGAACGUGCAGCCAGGAACAUGGCUCCCCCUCAAAGCAGCUCAAGAGCCUCCGAAGCUCUCCUUCCCCGGCGCCAACCCCUCCAGCACCUACCUGGUCGUGAGCUUGGACAUUGACGCACCUUUCCCUUCCUUCGGCAUUCUGAGCCCCAUACUCCACUGGAUACAGUCCGAUAUCAAGGUCACCAGGGAUGGUGCGCUCGAAUUCGAUGCGCCUUUCGUCGCCAACUACAUCGGUCCUGCUCCCCCUCCUAUGAGCGCUCCCCAUCGGUACAUCUUUCUCCUGUACGAACAACCUGCGGACUUUGAUCUCAAGGCCCAUGCACCUGCUGGUGGCGAGAAGCUUAGCAACUCGAAUCGCAUGCGGUACGAUCUUGAUGCUUGGGCAGAGGAGGUCAAGCUUGGUCCUGUCUUGGCUUUCAACUACUUCACUUGCAACUAG